AUGGUGUUAGCAGAACUCGGACAAAAGAUCGGGGCGGCGAUCUCCAAAAUGUCAUCCAAGUCGUUUGUCGGCGAGGAUGACGUGAAGGAGUUUUUAAAUGAGGUUGCUCGAGCACUUCUUCAAGCCGAUGUGAACGUCAAAACGGUGAAGGAGCUCCAGCAAAAUGUCCGUGCCGAAGUCGCCAUUACGGCAGAAGCAGCGGGGCUAAACAAACGCAAGAUGCUUCAGACCGCCGUUUUCAAUGGAAUCAAAAAAAUGCUUGACCCUGGUGUGAAGCCAUUUAUACCUGCCAAGGGUAAGACAAGCAUUGUGAUGUUUGUGGGGUUGCAAGGAUCCGGGAAAACGACGUCAUGCACUAAGUACGCUGCAUACUUCCAGCGUAAAGGCCUAAAGACGGGUUUAGUGUGUGCCGACACCUUCAGAGCCGGAGCCUACGACCAAUUACGCCAGAAUGCAACAAAAGCAAAAGUACGCUUUUAUGGUUCGUUGACCGAGGCCGAUCCGGUCAUCAUUGCCAAAGAGGGAGUGUUGGAGCUGAAGAAGGAAAAAUAUGAUCUCAUUAUCGUCGACACUAGUGGGCGCCACAAGCAGGAAUCGGCACUGUUCGAAGAGAUGAAGCAGGUGCAGCAGGCAGUGAAACCAAAUGAUAUUGUUUUCGUAAUGAGUGCAACAGAUGGGCAGGGUAUAGAAGAACAAGCGCGACAGUUCAAGGAAAAGGUGCCUAUUGGUUCCGUCAUCGUUACAAAGCUUGAUGGUCAGGCAAAAGGUGGUGGUGCCCUUGCGGCUGUAGCAAUGACAAAGAGCCCUAUUGUGUUCAUUGGAACGGGUGAACACUUCGACGAUUUUGAACUGUUUCAACCAGAAAGUUUUGUCAGCCGAAUGCUUGGUAUGGGCGACAUGCGGGCAUUGGUAGACAGCAUGAAGGACGCAAACAUUGACACUGAUAGCGAAUUGUAUAAGCGCUUUCAAGAUGGACAAUUCACCCUACGGGACAUGUACGAACAUUUACAAAACGUUCUCAAAAUGGGGUCGGUCAGCAAAAUUAUGGAUAUGAUUCCUGGUAUGUCAGGCUUUACUGGGAAUGCCGGUGACGCUGGUGACGUGACACUAAAAACGUUUAUCCACAUGAUGGACAGUAUGACCGCUGCUGAACUUGACGACUCUCGAGUAAAAAAGACAAUGACUCCGACCCGUAUUCACCGAAUUGCUAGGGGAAGUGGUCAUACCAUUCUGGAGGUGCACAACCUCAUCACUAGCUAUACCAAAUUCGAGGAUGUGGUAAAAAAAAUGGGGAAGGUGAACUUUAAGGCCAUGACGCAAGAUUCCAGUACCGCCUUCUCUGGAAAAAUGGGGCAGCAGCAGGUACUGCAGUUAGCAAAGGCGCUUAAUCCCACAAUGCUACGCCAGAUAGGUGGACUUACAGGCCUCCAGGACAUAAUGAAGCAACUUCAGAGCAUAAAGUGA